AUGGCGCCCUCCGCUUCCAAGGAGAAGAGACUCGCAAAGAAGGCCGCCGAGGGCAAGCUCAAGAACAAGUCCGGAACUAGCACGCCCAAGGGCAAGCCCGAGCUCGAUGCCAACGGCAAACCCAUCCAGGGCGACGGCCCCGCCACCACCGAUAUGGACGAGGUCAAGCGUCUGACGGAGCAGAUGGACAAGCACGGCAUCUCGGACCGCGUCACCACUGGCAACUUGGCCUCGACUGCUACGAGCAAGGACGUCAAGAUUACCUCGACCAGCUUAGUCUUUCACGGCCGCGUUCUCAUCACCGACUCGACCCUCGAACUCUCCUUCGGUCGCCGCUACGGUCUCCUUGGUGAGAACGGUUGCGGUAAAUCCACUCUUCUUCGUGCCAUUGCUGCUCGCGAGUUCCCAAUCCCCAACCAUCUCGACAUUUAUCUGCUCAAUGAGGGUGCUCCCCCAUCUGAUUUCGGUGCCCUCGAGUGGGUCGUCAAGGAGGCCGAGGCAGAGAUGGAUCGCCUCGACAAGCUGGCUGAGCAGCUGCUUGAGGACGAGGGCCCCGAGAGCCCCGUAUUGAUUGAUCUCUACGACCACAUGGAUCGCAUGGACCCCUCCACCUUUUCUACCCGUGCCUCCCUCAUUCUUACUGGUCUCGGCUUCAACAAGAAGACCAUCCACAAGAAGACCAAGGAUAUGUCUGGUGGCUGGAGAAUGCGUGUCGCCCUGGCCAAGGCCCUGUUUGUCAAGCCCUCCGUCCUGCUUCUGGACGACCCCACUGCCCAUUUGGAUCUCGAGGCUUGUGUGUGGCUGGAAGAGUACCUCAAGAAGUGGGAACGCACCCUCGUCCUGGUCUCCCACUCCAUGGAUUUCCUCAAUGGUGUCUGCACCAACAUGAUUGACAUGCGUGGAACCAAGCUCCAGUACUAUGGUGGUAACUACGACUCGUACGCCAAGACUCGUGCCGAAAACGAGACGAACCAGAUGAAGGCCUACAACAAGCAGCAGGAAGAAAUUGUUCACAUCAAGAAGUUUAUUGCCAGUGCCGGUACGUACGCCAACCUGGUGCGUCAGGCCAAGUCUCGCCAGAAGAUUCUCGACAAGAUGGAGGCCGACGGCUUCAUCCAGCCCGUCCACGCCGACCGCGUCUUUACGUUCCGCUUUGCCGAUGUCGACAAGCUGCCCCCCCCUGUCCUGUCGUUCGACGACGUUACAUUCUCGUAUUCUGGCAACCCCGAGGACGACCUGUACCGUAACCUCGAACUCGGUUUCGAUAUGGACUCGCGUACUGCCCUGGUCGGCCCCAAUGGUGUCGGCAAGUCGACUCUGCUCCGCCUCAUGACGGGCAAGCUGUCACCCACCGGCGGUUCGGUGACGCGCCACACUCAUUUGAAGCUGGGCAUGUACUCGCAGCACAGCGCCGAGCAGCUGGACCUGACCAAGUCGGCCCUCGACUUUGUCCGUGACAAGUACAGCGAAAAGUCGCAGGACUACCAGUUCUGGCGCCAGCAGCUUGGCCGCUACGGCCUGACUGGCGAGUCACAGACUGCUCUCAUGGGCACGUUGUCCGAGGGUCAGCGCAGCCGUGUUGUUUUUGCGCUACUGGCGAUUGAGUCGCCUAACAUGCUUCUGCUGGACGAGCCUACCAACGGUCUCGAUAUUCCCACCAUUGACAGUCUGGCGGAUGCCAUCAACGCCUUCAGUGGAGGUGUCGUUGUCGUCUCUCACGAUUUCCGACUGUUGGACAAAAUUGCCAAGCAGAUUUUGGUGUGCGAGAACAAGACGAUCCAGACCUGGGACGGCAGCAUCGGCGACUACAAGAACUACCUGCGCAAGAAGAUGAUUUCUGCAGGUGCCGUCUAA